AAGUCAGUGCAGAGUGAGGAAUCUGGCUGGCAAUGUGCAAAUGCUCCGGGCUGCAAAGUAAUAGACAACAGCACGGAUUUCACUGCGGGGAGAAAAUGCUGCGUCCAGUGAGAACAAUGUGCAAAGCAGCCCAUUGCUUUCAGGUGCAGUUUGGAGCUAAAUGCAGUUACUCUUCUCCAUGCACCGGUGCCCGGCUGCCCUUCAAUAGGAACCUUGUGUCGCUUGUGUCCAGCUCAGGGGCUGGAGAUGAAGGGGAAAAAGAUGGAUCAGAACCAGGAAGGGAGCUGGGAGCUGGGCAGUGUGGGCCAGCCUGGACAUGGACAGGAAGAACGGCUCAGCUCCCGAGGAGACGUUCCCUAUCGCCGCUGGAACGGGUCAGCAGCCUGAUCCCACAGGAGAUGCUGUCCCAGGAGGUAAUGGACCUGCAGCAGAUAAACCAGGAGCCAGGCCCAAAAGAUUACACAGCAGCAUCCAUGCCCUCUGCACCCACAGGAUGGCAGGCAGCAUCAGAGUGCAGCUGGCAUCUACCCCAGGAGGAGGUCCCUGGUCAGGUGGACAGUGCUUGCCAACCGAACCCUCCACACAGAGAAGUGCCCUUUAAACCUGGGGAUGUAGUGCUGGUGGAGUUCCGCAGGAGACGCUGCUUGGAGCUGCAAAAGAUGUUCAACUUGGUGAAGGAUGGGAAGUUGCACAAUCAGUGGGGCAUGCUGUCCCACCAGGAGAUCCUAGGACAUCUCCCCGGCCAAGUCUUCAGGACCUCCACUGGCUUUAAGUUUAUCUUGAGGAGGCCAUCGCUGGAGGAAUUUGUGCUGCUCAUGAAGAGAGGACCAGCCAUUUCUUAUCCUAAAGACAUUAGUGCCAUGCUGAUGAUGAUGGAUAUUGGUAGUGGGGACCAUGUUUUGGAGUCUGGUUCAGGAUCCGGAGCAAUGACACUGUUUCUAUCCCGAACAGUGGGAUCUUCUGGGCAUGUGUAUAGUUUUGAAGUAAGACCAGAUCACUACUCCAAUGCAAAAAGAAAUUACCAGCGCUGGCGGAAUGCCUGGAAAGUGGCUCAUGAGAACGAGUGGCCAAAUAACGUUGAAUUCAUUAAUAAAGAUAUUGUAACUGCCACUGAUGAUAUCCAAGGAAUGAUGUUUGACGCUGUCGCUUUGGAUAUGCUGAGUCCACAACUUGCUUUGCCUGUUGUCUAUAAACAGCUCAAGCAAGGUGGAGUCUGUGCAGUAUAUUUAACAAAUAUUACCCAGGUUGUUGAUCUGUUGGAAGGAAUACGCAGCUGCCAGUUAUUCCUCUCUUGUGAGAAGAUCUUGGAGGUCAUUCACAGGAAUUGGCUUGUUGCACCAGCUCUACGGAAGGAUGGCAGCACAGCACCCCGAGUGAAACCGCAAAACAAUGUGUACAACGAGUCUGAGGAUGAACAAAGAAAAGAUGGAACCAUGCUCCUGGAGGUUAACGGUGAAGAGGAAGACAGUAAGCCUUUUUGCACAAUACCUUAUAUCGCCAGACCUCAUCAUGAACAAGUUUCUCACACAGGCCAGGCCCAGGAGAAGUGAGAUGGAAUGAAGGUUUUGAUUACAUCUCUUCUGCCUCAAUCUUACCAAUUCAAUGUUAAAUUGCAGGAGAAAAGGACAAAUGCUCCAAGCCUGCAGGAUCCAGUUGAAAAAUGCAAAUCAUACCUCAAUGACAUUGUUCGGACUGAACCAGAGGCUAGUUUGAAGGGGGGGGGGGCAACGUUAGUUAGCCCUCCAAGUCAAACCUGCUUGAAUCAAGCUGAACUUAGGUUCAGUAAUUAAAAAUGAUCAUAUCCAGACCACAAAAUAAUUGCUGGUUUACUCCACUGAUUUAGGCAUGCAUUCCCUAUGUCAUAUGAAAAGAAAGAAAGAUGGCAUUACAACACAAACGAGGGACCCAUUUCAAGUCCCUCCUGCACCAGAGGUUUGUAAUAUCAUUUCUGAACAGAUCAAUUAGAAAAAAAUAAGUUAGAUUAAAAAAAACUUUGUUUUACUCUCAUCACCUCUGGGCUUACUCUACACUCCCAUCACUUAACCUAGCUAUCUGUUACUGUUUCUGCAAUUCGCCACUCCCUACUUCUUGCCAGUCAGUAAUAUGUCACUUUUGGACAUGUAUAUACGUAAAUCAGGAUUUAAAAUUACUCCAGCGAGUUUACUACUUGUUCAGACCUGACCAUGCCUGAAUAUACCACCCAGAAUUAAAAAGGCCUGCUCUCCUUUAGGAGAAAGAUUGGGAAAUAUUUAAAAGUAUUAGAAGGUAUAAGGUAGAACAGGACAGUGGAACUAGCUUUGGACUGCUUAGCAAAGGGCUAACAGAGACACAAAGAGCUAAAUAAAAUUUAAAGCUACCAUUUCUUUUAUUCACUCAUGCGAUUUGUUGGAAAUUUAUAGCUGCCACUGAGGAGGUGGUGGUGAGUUAAUCUUUUGAACCAUGUCCUAUAGGUGCACCCCAGGUGCAGUUAAACUAGGGUGUUGACCCAGUGACAGUGAAGGAACAGAUACAGUUCUAAAUCAGGAUUGUGCAUUUCUUGGAGAAGUCACAAGUGGUACUGUUCCUGUGCACUUGCUGUCUUCGUCGAUAUAGCUAGAGAAGGUCAGGAUUGGUAAGGUACAGUCAUGGGGAACUUAACUGCAGCGAAUCAUGGAGAUAUGCACCAUUGGUGGAGGGAAUGAGUGUUCAAGGUAAUGAAUGGGAUGUUGAUCAGGUAAGCUGAUUUGUCGAGGAUAAUGUUGAGUUCUCAGUUGUUGUUUAUACUACAGUCAGAGGUGAUUAUAGUAGUACAUCAUGCUCCUGACAUGCCUUCCAGAAAUUGAACAUGGUUUAGGGAAACAGUUGCUGAAGGAUUCCCAACAUUUGGUGUAUUUUUACAGCCACAGUAUUUAUACCAACAUGGUGCCAGCUGAGUGAGCAAGCUCCUCAGCCAGGGCGAGUCCAGUCUGUACAUUCUUUCCUUUUUUCAUUUUUCCUCUCCAAGUUUUUUUUUAAGAAAGUGUUUUUGAAAAACUCACCUCAGAGCAGCAGCGCAGAGCAGGCUGGAGGCAUGGAGUAGAGCAGGCCGGAGUAGAAGGUCCGAGUGAUGGAGGGAUGGCUAGCGGGCUGCAGGCCUGAGUGGAUCUGAGUUGGCCAGUGUAC